CCGAGGUGCUGAGACUGGCGGAAGCACUUAGUUCGAUGUGCAUCCACACAGUAUCUGAUCUUCAGUGAGGGCGAAUGUAUCCUAUCAUCCUUCAGCAAGCUGUUCUUGUCAGACCAAAGCCAAAUGUGCAAUCCAGGCUGCUUGUUUUGCUCAUAAGCUCGCUGGUUUGUAUGCACAUCAUACGCUCAUGACCAAUCAACAAGACAUAUGUGAAUCAUCAGAGCAAGAGCAGCCUCUGGGUCCCAUCAACCCAGUGUACAGGAGAAACCAUGCAAUGACUUCCACUCGACACGUACUCAUUCUGCUUUUCUAUGCAUCAAGAAACUUCCACCUUCACGAAAGGCUAGUUCCCGUUUGCGAGAAUGGCGCAAUCAUGGUUUGUUCUCAAGCAAAUGCUCUCUCAACACGAAGACGCAGCAAACACCAAGUCGGGCCAUAAGAUGAGGCGUCGCCGGGUCUCUGGGAGUUCUGUUGGCAUCGGAAAGCAGAUCGAGCCCCCGCUAUGUCGUUGAAUCCGAACUCCAAGAAGGGCAAGUCUGAGUGGCCAACUCUAGCAGAGGCCAAAGCGAAACAAGAAAUCCCCAAGCUUGACGAACCCUUCGAGAAGAUCGACGCGCCGACCAUGCCUGGUGACAAGCUUUCCAAGAUCAAAGACAAGGAGCUCAGUGAGGGCUACACCAUGAUCGACAAGAAAGGUCUCCCAAGACCAGAGGAACUCGAGCGGAAUGGCAAGCCUUUUGCUGGGGCUAUUGGUAGUGUGGCAGCUGGGAAGGGCUCUCCAGGCAUGACAGCGGACGAGAUGGUGGAAGGCUUUGUGAAUGUGCCAGGAGAUUCAGUCGAGGUCGACGAGCACGGGAAAGUGGUGAAAGUCACGAAGCACAAUUGA